CUCUGUUCCAUUCUCGUUUUCAAGAUGGAGCACCUCAUUGUAUUACUCAGUCUCACCAGUUGCCUUUGGGGGUCCCUGACGGCCUUUGACGGGGACCCAAGCGUGUGUUCGCCCGUCUCUGACGCUGAUUCUAAAGGGGGUCCCAAGAAGCCGGUCCUGGCAAAGACUUACACGGCUCGGGUGGAGUGCAAUCUGAUGGACCGGAACUACACCACGGACGUGAUCGAGUACUUUGAUCAGCAGCACAAUCGAGGCUCAGUUGUACAGACACAGGACAACAGCACGGGACAGCUCAUUUAUAACUACGACACCAACGAAAUCUUUACUGUCGACCUCACCGACAACACAUGCACGGCUGACGCUCUGACCACCGAUGAAAACAACUUCCUGUUCGGUUUCAAAGCCGUGAAUAGCUCCAUGUCUAGAAUCUUCACGGCUAAUGGGGCGCUCAGGUUUGGGGGUGAUACCAAAGAGAAAUACCUGGGCAAAUUCGUCGUCAGAGGUAUUCGCGUGGACGGCUGGCAGUCUUGCACAUACUGGCCCAGCCUGCAAGCGACUAGCCUAGUCAAGUGGUACUUCACAGACAGUAGCGGUUGGCAGGAGGCUAUCGAUGAGGACCAGCUGCCCGUGCGGUGUGAGAUCACAGGGAGGGGUCAGGACGAUACCGGUCAGAUGCACAGUUAUCAUCACAUCUACGAGUUCAGCCAUUAUAGACCUUACAUUGACACCGCCGAUAAAGUGUUCGAGGUGCCAGCAGGAACGCUGUGUCCCGGGAGGAAGAUGUCUAAAAAACUGCCCACCCCGUCCAACUAUUUCAAUUUUGAAGCUGAAGUCGUGAUUCCAGAGGCUAAGAUCAUUAGUCAUCAACAACAAUGGUACGACUUCACCACAAAGCUUUUCCGCUAUGACUGGAAACCUCUAGGGGGGAUCUCAAGCUCACAGUUCGGCAAUAACCCUCUGACCACCAUCCACGACUUCAACACAGGCGUUUCUUACAAUACUGACCGAUUGCUUGGCAACUGCACCGCCACGGUGAUCGACCCGACGGCUGUGGAUGCGGUGAAGGUGGACGAUAACACGGUCAGAAUGAGAACGCCGGCUGAGUUCUUUGAUUUCAACAUCGGCUCGUUCCAGUACGAGGGUGUGCGACAAGCCCAUGGUGUUGACAGUCAUGUAUGGAUCACGUUCCGUGAUGACUGGCCGCCGGAUGCGCAGGUGCCGUCAUCAUGGGAGUGGUACUUCGCCACGAAAGAAUGGAUACAAGGCUCAGGGAAUCUCUACGAAGCAGGUGAACCACAAAGAUUGGAAAUCAGAGUUAAUAACGAAUUAUACGCGGUGUACAACAUUUACAACUACAACGAAGCAGAGCCAGUGAUGUGGGAAUACGAUAUUAGUGACUGCUUCAGUUCCAGUCAAAAGAGACACUUCCAGUUUGAACUACCAGGAGAUUUCAAGUCAAUCGUCAUGUCUGACGAGGAGGGUUUUAAAUACGCUGUAUUGUUGUCAGUCAUCGGCUACACGGCCAUCUCACCUGUGAGGGUAUCGGACAUACAGGUAGACUAUGAUGAGACCGCCAUCCGAGUCACGUUCACAAUGCUAGACGCGGCGCCACCUGGUGGGGACGUGAACAAAGGCGCCACCGAGACGCCGCUAGACGACGCCGCCAAUAUAUUCUUCAACAGCGUACAGGAUGGACAAUUUGUGGUGGACAUGCCCGUGAAGUCUCUCACCGAGCCUUUGCAUCUGACAGCCAAGCCCACACCUAAAGAGUUAGAGGUCCGGGAAUACCUGAAGAAUCCCAUCCCGCCCUCGUCAACAGGGUACAAUGCAGGUUCCAUGGCGGCCUUGGGCGUGGUUAUGGCGAUCAUCGGCUUCGCGCUGGGCGGGGCUAUCGUGUAUCUGGUAUACAGGAAAAAUGGCGGAAGCUUUUCGAAAAAUGCACCACAAAGCUUCGAUAAUCCAGUGUCGGAUUCCAAGGAAUAACUCCAUGUAUUAUUAUGAAUAACUUUUAUUGUUUAUACGUGUAUUUAUGUUCGUGAGUUGCUCCCUUCAAAAUGUGAUAUGGUGUGCAGACACUUUUGUAAGUCAGGCAGUCCUCAUUUCAACAGUGCAGUUGAUUUAGUGACUCACACUGUCAUUAAAAGCAUGCGGAGAAAAACUAUUAUUUUACCUUUUGUAUUUUUCUUGUUCUCUGGGCGGUACGAGAAAAGUUAUCAGAUUUGGGAUAUUGGAUUUAGCUACGUGUCAGUGUGAAUAUUCUUGACGAUUUUGUUCAGGAUUUCCACUAACAGGGUUUUGACAGGGUUCCAGAAAAGCUUCAGUACCCUGUCUUUGUUCAGUAUGUAAACCAGUUAUUUGUUUACUUGUUUCAUUCAAUCAGAAAAGAGACUUCUAUGGACAUUUGUCAAGUAUUUUCUUAAAUCAUAAGCUGUGACAAUCUAAAGCACAAUAAACGAGAGUGCAUUUCGCUGCCCCAGUGAAAUGUACAAUUUUUC